CUUGUUUGAAAAGUUUUUGUUUUCUUUGACUGGAUUUUAAUUACAUCAGCGAACAUAUCAACAGAUUAAUCAUCGUGAUAAAGAGUUUCUAAACUUCAUCGAAUCAAAGGCGCACAUGAAGCUGAAGUCCAACAGUUCACGCGAGUCAAACAUUAACUCAGACAAACGCGCGUGUUGCAACUUCAUAUAGACGCGACUCUACAAACAACACGAGAGAAUAAUGGCGACAGCACGGUCUCUACAUAAUAUCCUCAAGAGACAGCAGCAUUUCCUUAACAAGGUGCAUUCAACAGGGCUGGCCAGAGGCUUUGCGAAUAAAAGUGAUGAAGGCUGGUUGAGUUCCAUGUUUGCACACAAAGUGGAUGCCAGGAAAGAUGCCCACUCCAAUCUGCUCUCCAAGAAAGACACCAGCAACCUCUACAAGAUUCAGUUUCACAAUGUCAAGCCGGAAUGCAUGGAGGCAUACAAUAAAAUGUCGGAUGAGGUACAGAAAGAACUUCAUCGGGAUGCAGAUUAUCCAUGUGAAGUCGUUGGAAGCUGGAACACCUGGUGCGGUGAACAGGAUCAGGCAGUGCAUCUCUGGAGGUAUUCUGGUGGAUAUCCUGCUCUUACAGAGUGUUUGCGCAAACUCAACCGCAAUAUGGCGUAUCUUGCAUUUCGAAAAGAGAGGAGUAAAAUGUUGAUCUCCCGAUGCAACCAGCUUCUUCUGGAGUUUAGUUUCUGGAAUGAGCCUGCGCCCAGAAGCGGCCCCAACGUUUAUGAACUGAGAACAUAUCAACUAGUACCCGGAACUAUGAUCGAAUGGGGAAAUAAUUGGGCUCGAGCAAUCAAAUAUAGACAGGAAAACAAUGAAGCAGUGGGUGGUUUCUUCACACAGAUCGGUGAAUUGUAUGUUGUUCAUCAUUUAUGGGCCUAUAAAGACCUGCAGUCCAGACAAGAGACCAGAAAUGCUGCUUGGUUAAAAGAAGGCUGGGAUGUCAAUGUGCACUAUACAAUGCCUCUUAUCCAGAAGAUGGAAUCGAGAAUUAUGAUCCCCAUGGAACAUUCACCUCUGCAGUAAAAUCAACAGUGUUUCACCUGUGAUGAUACCAAAUACACAAUCCACCAGGAGAUCUACUGUUCUGACUUUACUCAAACACAUCUGAAGCAGAUGAUCACAGUCUUCAGGUCCUCUUGAAGUAGACAGCAAGUAGACUGCAAGAAGGCAAAAGUGUGCCAGUGUUGAAGCCAAUCUGAGAACUACUACAAUCUGACAGACCCCAGUGCCUUUGUGUGAGACUGUUAAAGUAUAUAUAUAAUUAAAAAAAUUACAGUCUUGUUUUUAGUCAUCAUUCUCCUUUCUGAUGCAUCAUUUGGCCUGUUGGAGUGCUUGAGGAAACUGCCUGUCAGCAUAGCUCUUUAUCUACAAUUAAAAGAAAUGUGUUCAAUUUAACGCGUUUAUCAGAAUACUUCAUUUUAAUGUUGUAAAAUUUAAAACUCCAGUUUAGGAUAAUAAAUUACGAAAUAA